UCGCGGCGCCCCGGCUCCCGCGUAGCCCGUCGGGCCGCCCGGGCCUCGCCCCUGCCCGCCUUCCCUCCUUCCUGCAGCGUCGGAGCGCGCAGAUGCCUUGUAGACACCUUAGGACUUUAAAAACGAAGACCUGCUGUUAGGGGAUAAUGCUGGGGGACACUAUGAAAUCUUGGAAUGAUAGCCAGUCAGAUCUCUGUAGCAGUGACCAAGAAGAGGAAGAAGAGAUGGUUUUUGGUGAAAAUGAAGAUGAUUUGGAAGAGAUGAUGGAUUUCAGUGAUCUGCCUACCUCACUUUUUGCUUGCAGCGUCCACGAAGCGGUGUUUGAGGUGCAACAGCAGAAGGAGAGAUUUGAAGCACUUUUCACUAUCUAUGACGACCAGGUGACAUUUCAGUUGUUUAAGAGCUUUCGGAGAGUCAGAAUAAAUUUCAGCAAACCAGAAGCAGCAGCAAGAGCACGAAUAGAACUCAACGAAACAGACUUCAACGGGAAGAAGCUGAAGCUGUAUUUUGCACAGGUCCAGAUGUCCAGCGAGACUCGGCACAAGUCCUAUUUACUGCCGCCGCAGCCCGUCAAACAGUUCCUCAUCUCCCCGCCCGCCUCCCCGCCUGUGGGGUGGAAGCAGGGGGAGGACGCCACGCCCGUUAUAAACUAUGACUUACUCUGUGCAGUUUCCAAACUGGGACCAGGAGAGAAAUACGAGCUCCACGCAGGAACAGAGUCCACGCCAAGCGUGGUGGUUCACGUCUGCGAAAGUGAAACUGAAGAGGAAGAAGAAACAAAAAACCCCAAACAGAAAAUUACCCAGACGAGGCGCCCCGAACCUCCAGCCGCAGCACUGAGUGAGCCCCAGACCUUCGAUGGGGCGCUGUGAGGGGUCUGGCUGGGGUGCACGCCGCUGCCCCCCGGGGCCCCGCCCUGGAGGUCUGUGUCCUCCCUGGCACAGCACUCCUCAGCCUGUGUGGAGGGGAGGCUGGGUGUCGCCACUGCCCCCCCCCGCCCCCCCGGCUGCAGACACGGCCUAGAGAGUAGCAGAUGACUUUACCUGUCACACCUUUUCACAGAGAUUCUGAACAGCACUUUAAAGGAAGGGAUUAGCCCUCAACAUGUUGCAACUUUGACCAUUUUUUAAGCAGUAGGAAGUGUGUCUAAUUCCUGGCUUUCUCCAGCAAUGUUCAUUUCCCUGAUUCCAUAUACCAUGGGGUCCCCAAAAACUAAAGCUGUCGUCUCCGAGUGCCAUUUUUAUGACCUCAAAAAACAAUCUCACAACCUUCAAAAUCUAGCAUGGGCAUUCAGUAAUGGUAUGAUAGCUCCCAGUGACUCUAUCUGUUGAUCAAAUGUGGUUAUUCAACAUACAUGAAAUUUUUUUUGCGCGAGAAGAGAUCUGAAAUCUAGACUAAUUCAUAGGGAGUCGUUUUUCUCGCGUUGUUUUUUUCUUUAGCUUGGGGAGGAGAUGCCAAAUUCUCUUUGACCGUUGGACCCAAGUGGCACAAAUCUGUGUGUGGGUGACUCUCUUCCCUGUUACUCUUGCUUAAAAGAGGAAAGUGCUGUACAGACCACUGUCCCUGAUGUGUCGUCCCUCCCAGAGAACUGCCACUUUGGAAGCUGGACAGGCCACCCGUAAGUGUGACUGAUGAUAACCCCUGGGGCCACCGCUGAUCUGCCUUCUGUGACCGUGUGCUAGCCCAUGGCAUCCCCAACUGUCCUCAGCCACCAGUUGAGUUUUUUAAUGUUAUACAUGUUGUGUGUGUCAUUCAGAGACUGUAAAUUAGAAAAGGUAAUAAUAAGAUUCUCUGAAGACCAUUUUUUAAUUGUCUCCCAUCCAAGUACUAACCAGGCCCGACCCUGCUUAGCUUCCGA